UUCCAUUAAAUCAUUAAUCAUCUUCUCUUUCUUUCUCUAGAUUUUUCUAAAGAGCUCUAAAGUUCUGUUGCUCUGUUUUCUGAGUUAAUUAAAAUCCCAAAAAUCUGAGCUUUUUUCCUAGAAAUCAAUCAUUUUUCCUUCAAAUCUCAACUUUCUGCAUCUUUUAAGAAAAACCCAUUUCUCAUAAAUCCCUAAUUCCCUUCAAUUUGCAUCAAAAUCCAAUCUUUUUCUUGAGAUCCAGAAAAACCCUCUGUUUCUUUACAUUUCUCUAAUUAAAUUUAUGCAAGAAAAUUAAAUCUGGGUUAUUGAUGUUUGAAUCUAUUAAUGUCUCCUGUUCUUAGCGAAAUCCUUCGUUCUGGGUUUAUGAUAAAUUCUUCUCUCAGGCGCAGGACCCACUUAGUUCAAUCAUUCUCUGUUGUAUUUCUUUACUGGUUCUAUGUUUUCUCAUAAAUUAACCCUUUAAUUUCCCUCUUUAUUUUUGAUAAAUUAGCAAAAAAAUAACAAAAACCCUUUUCUUAAAAAUAAAUUUCUUCAUCUGGGUCCUGUGUCCUGCUACUGUAUAUAUACAUAUUAAUAAUAAAAAUAUAAUCUUUUUGUUUUUUUUAAUAUAAUUUUCAAUGGCUUGUUCAAGUGGAAAUUCAAUCACAAGUAGUCAACUUCAGAACUCAGGAUCUGAAGGAGAUUUACAGAUGUUAACAACAACAACAAUGGAUGAGAGGAAAAGGAAGAGAAUGGCAUCAAACAGAGAAUCAGCAAGAAGAUCAAGAAUGAGAAAACAGAAGCAUCUAGAUGAUUUAAUGGCUCAAGCUGAUCAAUUGAGAAGAGAAAAUAAUCAAAUCUUGCAAACUACAAAUGUCACAACUCAACAAUAUGUUAAUGUUGAGGCUGAAAAUUCUGUUUUAAAAGCUCAAAUGAAUGAGUUAAGUCAAAGGCUUCAAUCCCUCAAUGAUAUCCUAAAUUACAUGAAUACCCUCAAUGGGAUCAACUCUUUUGUAGAGGUGGAGGAGGAAUCUUUGGACAUUCUUGGCCAUGAUAUGGGUGAUUUUGGAAUUAUGAAUGGAGGGUAUUUUGGGAAUUUCACUCAAAAUAAUAAUAAUAUUAAUAAUGUUAUUGGUAACCCUUGGAACUUGGGUUUUCUAAAUCAACCUAUCAUGGCUUCUUCAAAUGUCCUCCAAUAUUAAACUAUAUAUAAAAAAGUGGGCCCUCUUUUUUAGAUUUUAGUAGAUUUUUAAAUCAAGCAAUCAAUCUUUGGUUGGUUGGUUGUGCUUAUUAAUGGCUAUCAUUUAGUGGAGGGUUAAUUCCAUUUUUAUUUUUAUUUUUAUCUUUUUGUUAUGUUUUUUUUAAGUGGGAAGUUGUGUAUUGUGAAUUUGUGAUUUGGGGUUACUACUAAGAAGAGUAUACUUUGUCAUCAAAUGACUCUUCAAAGUGUUGUUAGGUGGUCCAAUUGUAAGAUGAAGAGGUUGUUGAAUCAAAAAAAGGAUAUUCACGUGCAAAUGACGGCUUUCCAAGUAUUUCUAGAAUGUUGUAUUGUAUCUUUCACUUUGAUAAAUGUAAAAUUUUUAUUAUGGAGGCCUUUAUAUCUUUUUUUUGACAAGGUUAUUAUGGUGAGAAUAGGUCUUCAUGGUGAUAAUUGAUAGCUAGGAAAGGCAAUCAAUGAGGAUGAUGAUAUUGAUGAUGUAAUUUGGAAUCUUUAGAUUUUUAUAUUAUAUUUUCUCAUAUUAGUGACCAUAA